AUGUAGCAAGCACAAAAAAAAUCUUGUUGUUAAAAGUUUAAAGAGUUAUUUAUAAAACCAUAAAAUCCAUAAGGUUAAAUAGUAGAAAAUAAACCAUUUAUUUCUGGACCAAAACCUGUAGUAUAAACGGAAUGGCCAAUUAUAGAAGAAUAAUUUAUAUCAAAAAUAGGAUCAGAAGAAAGAAAAAAAUUGUUUAUUGAACUUCUCAAGAAAAAUCAUAUAGUAACUAUUGAAUAGUUGAUGCUCUCUUUUUAAGAUUCAAAAGUAAGCUUUAUAGGUAGGAGAUGUUCACCAGCAGAAUUUUUUAUUCUUUAAUAGAUAUAUUAUAAUUAUAAUACUUAAUAAAAAAAUUUAAAAUGGGAAUAUGAAAGUGCAAAAUUACUUUCUAAUGAAGACACUCAAAUUUUAUAAUAAAAACCUGAAAAAAAAGUAAAAAAUAUUCUAUUGGUUGGAACAACAGGAUAAGGAAAAACUACUUUAAUAAAUAGUUUUUACAAUUAUAUUUAAAAAACUAAAUUGGAUGAUGGAGUAAGAUAUUUGGUAAUUAAUGAUGAUCGUUUAAAUUAAACAGGAAAAUCGGUGACAAGAAAUGUAGAUUAAUACAAAAUGAAGAUAGAUGAUGAUUUAAUCUUUAAUUUUAUAGAUACACCAGGAUUAGGUGACACAGAAGGUUAUUCUAGAGACUAAGCUAUAAUUGAUCAAAUCUCUGAUUAAUUAAAGAAAUUGCAUGAAAAAAAUGAAAGAAUUCAUCAGGUUAUCAUCGUUUCUCAAUUAUCAACAAGCUAUAUUGUAGACAAUAGUCACACACUUUAAUAAUUGGCUCUACUUAACGUUUUAAAGCUUUUUGGAAUAGAUAUGGCUUACCAUUAUAUUCAUGCAUUAACUUUUUCAGACUUUACUAGUAUUCAUAGACAUAAUUUUGAAAACCAAUAAUCCAUCUUCUAUGUUCUCAGUUAGAAGGACUGUUUGAUGUAAACACAAAAUAUCAGCUAAAAUAAUAUAACUUAAUCUAGUCCAACUGUCAAUGAGAAAAAGUUAUUAUUAAGUGACAACUAAAUGAAUGAAAUACCUAAAGAAUAUUGUUAAUUUUAAAAUUCAGUCUACUUUUCCAAGAAAUCUGAUAUAAUUUCAAAUAUUUAAUAUAAAAAAAAUGAAGAGAAUUAUAAUAAAUUUGUAAAAAAAAUAUCUUCAGAUGAAGGAUUUACAUUAGAUACAACAAUUCAAGUAAUCCAUGAAAGAAAUAGAUUAAAACAUUAAAUUGAGAAUUUGGGUCAAGAACUAUAAUUAAGAAUGAAAAUAGACAGAAUUGUGCAAAGCAAUAUAACAAAAAUUAAUAAUUAUGAUCAAAUUGCUCAAGAAAAUGAAAAAUUUUUCUAUUUUGAAUUUGAAACUAAAAUUGAAAAAAUAAAUUGUCCAGAUCGAAUUUUUAUGACUAAUUGUAAUACUUGCUAGAAAACUUGUCAUAAGAAUUGUUCAGUGUCUAAUGAAAAUUUAAGAACUUGUAAUGUGAUGAUUCAAGUGGAAUCUAAUAAAUAUAUUUGUGAAUCUUGUUAGCAUUCAGUUGAAGAACAUAAGUAAAAUUAUUUAUAUAAUUAGAAAUGAAAAAUUUUAGUAUGUUUAUGAUGUUAUUUAAGUUAGAAAAGAAUACGAUGAAAUGAAAGCUGAACUUGAUAGAGCACUAUCACAGAAGGAAAUUUUAAAUUAAUUGUUGUAGAAAGAAAAGAAGAAAGAAGAGGAAAAUGAUAUGAAAAUUUAAGUCAUUUUGGAUGAUUUAAGAAAUUGUUUCAAUAUUCUAUUCUCUUCAGCACUAUACAAACUAGAUUUAAAAGAAAAAUCACUAAAGAACUUUCUUUAUAGAUAUUAUAAAUGUUUUUCAAAUUAAUUAGAAAAAUAUUUUAAUUAAAAUGUGGAUAUAUUGGCUACUAGAAGAUUACUUUAAGAUAUGCCAUUAAAUGAAUAAACAACUAUUUUUAGAUUAAGAACAGAGUAAUUUUAAUAAGUUUAAUGA